AUGAGCUUCUUCAGUCCCUUUCUUCCAUGCCACCGUCAACUCGACAAGCAACAGACGCGUUUCUUCUCGCUAUCAAUCAACACUAGAUCUGGCCUCAGUCCAGACACAAUAACCCACUCCCCUGACAGUGUAGCAUCAACCAACGUUGUCCACUUCCUUCAGUCCUCCGAUCUGGUCUUCUGCCUCUCGUCAGUCACACCUUGCUUCAGGAAGGCAAUCCUUCGAAGGUCCGACGAAGGGAUAUUAGCACUUCUCGAAGUUGCUGCCAUAACCUUCAGGACAAAGUUAUCCGGCACACGAAAAGGCCUUUCUUUCCGGCCCAUCCUCUUGUAUCUCAGAACCGCCAUUCUGUCCAUGUUAAUAGACGAAAUAAACAACAGUGAUAAGGAUGAGAAAGUUGGUAGUCUCAUUGGCAUGACUAACGCGCUUUUUGCUUUAAGGCCAGAAUUUUUAGCUCACUACAGUGAAUAUUUCCUUUCGUAUUCUUUUGUUGUGGGAGUUCUCCAAUCAUUCUUUACUUUCUCUUCUUACUUCAAGUGUUAUUAUUAUUAUUACCACUACUGCGUUCCUUACUGCUUUCAUAGCAGCAGUAGUCAGUCUCCAACGCGCUCGAUAACUUCUCGGUUUGGACUGGAGGUGACUGAGCUGAACGGCGCAUUCAAAAUAGGCGAUAUUAAGACGGACGCGGAGGUGGGGACGUGUGCUGAAUUUUCUGUUAUCUACGACGAACACACAUACACACAUGAAUAUGCUUGCACACACGCACAAAGAACACGUUUUUCUUUAUCUUCGUUAUCUCUCCCUCUUUUACUUCAGCUCUCUUUCUUUCUCACACUCUCGCCCCCCCACUCCUUCAUUGGCUCUUAA